AUGGUAUGCACCUUUAAGUUUGCUCCGGAGGUAGCAUUCCUGAAAUACAUGGACGGACUCAUCACUUGUGAAGCCGAUGGCAAUCCACUCAGACACAUUGAGUAUAACAUCAUUCUAAAUGGCACCAAGCCUAGCGCGCCUACUGGUAAAACCAUGCCAUUUAAUGUCGAGGAAAAUUACUGCACAGAGGUCAGCUGUAAUGUGACCAAUGUGAUUGGAACUGCGUCACGGCAACUUGAAGAACCGCUUUGCCCAGCUUCUGCCACCUCUCUCACCAUAGCUGUUGAUGGUGAAGACCAAUCCUCUGGUAAAAUAGUGACCGUGACAGAGGAUACUGACGUCACACUUUCCUGCACAGCACUGGGAGCAAUACCACAGGUGUCCAUAGACUGGUUUAAAGGCGGAAAUCCUCUUACACCUGACACCGAAACAAUUCCACCUGGUGUUUCUCCGCUGGUAACAUCCCUGACAUACAGGGACGGAAUCAUCACUUGUGACGCAGAAGGCAAUCCACUCAGACACAUUGAAUAUUACAUCAUUCUAAAUGGCACCAAGCCUAACGUGCCUACUGGUAAAACCCUGGGAUUUAAUGUCGAUGACAAUUACUGCACGGAUGUCAGCUGUAAUGUCACAAAUGCGAUUGGAACUGGGUCACGGAAACUUGAAGAACCGCUUUGCCCAGUUGUUCCGGAGGUAACAUCCCUGACAUACAGGGACGGAAUCAUCACUUGUGACGCAGAUGCCAAUCCACUCAGACACAUCGAAUAUUACAUCAUUCUAAAUGGCACCAAGCCUAGCGCGCCUACGGGUAAAACCAUGCCAUUUAAUGUCGAGGACAAUUACUGCACAGAGGUCAGCUGUAAUGUCACAAAUGCGAUUGGGACUGGGUCACGGCAACUUGAAAACCCGCUUUGCCCAGCUGCUGCCACCAGUCUCACCAUAGCCGUUGAUGGUGGAGACCAAUCCUCUGGUGCAAAAGUGACUGUGACAGAGGAUACUAACGUCACACUUACCUGCACAGCACUGGGUGCAAUACCACGGGUGUCCAUAGACUGGUUCAACGGCGGAAAUCCUCUUACAUCUGACACUGAAACGAUCCCACCUGGUGUUGUUCCGGUGGUAAUAUCCCUGACAUACAUGGACGGAAUCAUCAAUUGUGACGCAGAUGCCAAUCCACUCAGACACAUUGAGUAUUACAUCAUUCUAAAUGGCACCAAGCCUAACGCGCCUACUGGUAAAACCCUGGCAUUUAAUGUCGAUGACAAUUAUUGCACAGAGGUCAGCUGUAAUGUCACAAAUGCGAUUGGAACUGGGUCACGGAAACUUGAAGAACCGCUUUGCCCAGGUUCUUCACUUGUAGGCAUCAUUGUUGGAUCUGUAGUGGCAGCCAUCGUCAUUGUGGCCGUCGUUGGUGGUCUUGCUUUUGUCGUGUGGAGGCGUCGCCAUAAACAACAACAGACAGAAACAUGCGUAAACGAUGGCCUAAAUGACAUUGUAUCACAAGGAGCAGACAGUGAGCUCCCACCACUGCCUGUCACUGAUCAGUCGUCUCCUGGACUAGAUCCCCAUCAUCCGAAUGAUAUUCCUCUGGAACCAAUUGCCUCAGCGGUGGUAUGCGAAAGUAUUUCCAAUGAAGAUGGCGUUGAGGCAUCAAACGACGUGGCGUACGGCAACGUAGGACCGGAACUCUCUUUCUCGCGAGAUCUCGUGGUGAUCGAGAAUGAGCUGGGUCGAGGGGAGUUCGGCAGAGUGCUAUUGGGAAAGGCACUUGGAAUCGAGGAAGCCGGAAAAGAAACAAAGGUUGCCGUCAAGACUGUGAAAGAGGGCGCCGACAGACACGCCAAGAAUGAGCUUGUGGCCGAGUUGCAGGUGAUGAAAACAGUCGGCUCUCAUCCAAACGUGGUCAAGCUGCUGGGAUAUUGUGCAGAAAAAGAUCCGGUGUACGUUAUCGUUGAGUACCUUGCUAAGGGUGACCUGAAGGAAGUUCUGAUGGAGUUUCGAGAGAAAGACCCAGGGGCAAGCUACUCCAACCUACCCGGCGUGAGCAAAUCACUGGCUAGGACAUUGGUCAAGUUUGCCAGGGAUGUGGCAAAUGGAAUGGCUUACAUAUCCUCUCAAAAGUAUGUGCAUCGUGACCUUGCCGCUCGUAACGUGUUGGUGGGGGAUGACCUGGUGUGUAAAGUGUCUGACUUUGGACUGGCCCGUGACGUCAUGAACACCCGUAUCUACCAACGAGAAUCACAGGGUCCUCUUCCCAUGCGCUGGAUGGCGUUGGAAUCCAUUCGUGAUGACGUGUACACAACAAAGAGUGACGUAUGGUCUUUCGGGAUUCUGCUGUGGGAGAUUGUGACACUUGGUGCGCGGCCGUAUCCGCUGUUGAGAGCAACGACAAUGAUAAGCAAAUUACAGCAGGGCUAUCGUAUGCCGAAGCCUCGACAAUGCAAGAAAACGCUGUACAAAAUGAUGUGCAGCUGUUGGCAGGAGAGUCCCAAGGAUCGACCCAGCUUUCAGAGUCUGUAUCGGCAGUUAAACGACAUGGUGUCUGAAGAUCAGGAUUACAUCACUAUGGGCAACCUGGAUAAAAGGAUCUACGAAGUACAAAUCGUGGAAGACACGAAAGAGAAACUGUGA